GGGCCGCGGCGAGACUCGCAGUUCCGUUUUUGUUUUUUUUUUGGCGGGGACCAGCCCAGGGAAGUGAGGGCGUCCCCUAGGUGCUGGUGGGGCCCCGGAGUCUGAGACAGGUUUCCAGCCAGGUGUCCUGCCGAGAGUGGCGCCCUCACGGUCCAGGGAUGUACAUGCAGGUGGAGGAACGCACAAGCUCCUACCUCCAUCUGAAGAGGGCUCCCGGCAUCAGGUCCUGGUCCCUGCUGGUUGGAAUCUUGUCCAUUGGCCUGGCUGCUGCCUACUACAGUGCAGAUAGUCUGGGCUGGAAGCUGUUCUACGUGACUGGCUGCCUGUUCGUGGCGGUGCAAAACCUGGAGGACUGGGAGGAAGCCAUCUUUGACAAGAGCACCGGCAAGAUUGUGCUGAAGACAUUCAGCUUAUACAAGAAGCUGCUGACUCUUUUCAGAGCAGACCAUGACCAAGUGGCCGUCCUGCUGCAUGAUGUGCGGGACGUGAAUGUGGAGGAGGAGAAGCUACGGUGCUUUGGGAGGGGCUACGUGGUCCUGCUGCGCUUCUCCACGGGCUUCUCGCACCCCCUCACCCAGAGUGCUGUCAUGGGCCACCGCAGUGAUGUGGAAGCCAUCGCCAAGCUCAUCACCACCUUCCUGGAGCUGCACCGCCUAGAGAGCCCCACGGAUCUGUCCCAGAGUAGCGACAGUGAGCCCGAUGGCCCUGGGAGCCAGAGCUGACCCCACAGAGCCCCUGGCCUUGGUUCUAACGGUGCUUCAGCAGGCCUCACGGGCCACCAGCCAGUCUUCCUCCGCAUCACCCAACUGCGUCCCUGGCAGCCCCAGGAUGGGACCCUCAGCCACCCGUUGCUUGCUGCUGCCCUCUGAACAGAACCACAGCUGGACCAUCUCUGCAGGGUGUCCCAGGGGGGCAUAGGCUUCAGAUCUGCCUCCCAGAACCAUGUGGCCCCAGUCUGGGCAGUUUGGGGUGUGAGUGAGGUGGGCAACGUGGCCUGGUCUGGACAGACCCACCCCACAGCCAAGGACACCCAGGCUCUUGCACCGAGACUGAGCACUUAGUGGGGAGGGAGGUUGUCCGGCACAGAUCCCGUGGGAAUUCAGCUCGAAGGUUACAGUGAGGCUUCAACUGGCCAGUGCAGGGCCGGCAGCUGGGUCAGGCUGCAGACACUGAGGCCUGCGUGUUGUCCCCAGGAAUCCCAGUGACUCCUUACUGGCCCCCAUGCAUCAUCCUUUUCCUAGCCAGACAUUCUCAGUGGUCAGGGUGAGGGACCUGCCCUUGGGCUGCUAGGGCCACUUGACUGCUAUAGCUGUUCCUGAGGCCUCCCCGACAUACAGACUGCUUUCUACCAGGAUGCCUUAUCUUGGACCAUCCAGGAUAGUGCUGGGCUGUCAAGAGGAAGACAACUUCCCAUCCCAGCCUCAUGCCCUAUUUAAAGCCAGGACUCCACUUUUAGAAAUCAGAUUCUGGUUUCUCUUGAACCCAGGAAGACCUGUCAGUUGGGCCCAUUUGUGUGGCAGGAAGCGGCUGCAUCCACAGGACUGGGCACAGCACACCUCUGAGCAGGGUGUGACAGACAGACCAGGCUGAGGCUGCGUGGGUGACACCAUGGUCAGCAGUUUCGAGGACCCUCUCCUUCCUCAGCAGUGGCUGCCACCAGCCCUUAGUUUGGGAACAUGGUCACUUAGACUUGCUAAAGUUAGCUUUUCAAAUGGUCAAAUUGAAAUGCUUUUUUGCUAAAACAGUGUGAAUGGCUGUUACUGGCUUCCAUAUGUUCAUGAGGACAGAGAUGCUGAUGUUCCCUGAGGAACGGGCAGGACUGCUUGUUCCCCAUGCCUCCCACCUGGGCUGUUCUGGACCUUUGGCCAGGGUCCCUGUGAGGGCCUGACUGCAGCCAGGGCAAUAGUGACUCGGUCACAUUCCUGUUGGCUCAAUUUCUAGCUUCUACUUUGCUUUUUAUUUCAUGAGAAUUAAAAUUCAGUGUGCAGAUCAGUGAA